AUGGGUAGUGAGAGAGAAAAAGAGAGAGGAACCUUUGCGCUUUUAUUAUUGCCUUUUUUGUCGGAGGCGGUGCGUAAUGCGCGCCACUCACACGAUGAGCGGGUUCGGAUCUCAAUAAUAAGACGCGAUUCCGGGUCGGUUCCAAACCCGACAAAUCUCGAUGCUACGCGUUAUGCCAAACAAAGAGUGAUUGAGAUUUCAGACAACACUUCAGAUCCGGCUUAA